UCAACUAAAAUGCGCCAUUCAGAGAACUAAAGAUAUAUAAGUACCCGGUUAGAGAGCACGUUAUAUAAGCAUUGAUAAACAUCACAUUGCCAGUAGUGUUCUCCCAGCAUCCCGACAGUUCACUGCUGAAUGUCAUUACUGUCCUACGUAGGUCGUACGUCCGAUAACAUUCCGUUAGUUUCGUUCGUAGCGAACGGUAGUAUACUUCGAGUGUUUCCGAUUCUUACGAGUAGUUGUUAACGUGCAACAUGAGUUUCCACGACGUGGUUAUCGUAUCUGCUGUCAGAACUCCUAUUGGAAACUUUUGUGGAAACUUAUCGACAUUAAAAGCAUCAGAUUUAGGAUGUAUUGUGAUGAAAGAAUGUCUUGCAAAAGUCAAUGUAGAUCCAUCCGAAGUAUCCGAAGUCAUUUUAGGACAGACGUUAACAGCAGGCCAAGGUCAAAAUCCAGCAAGACAGGCAGCUAUUAAAGCAGACUUCCCACUACGUGUUCCUGCUUAUCAGCUUAAUAUGUUAUGCGGUUCUGGACUAAAGGCAGUUACAAAUGGUUAUCUAUCUUUAAAAAGUGGAGAGAGUAAUAUUGUCGUAGCAGGAGGUCAAGAAAAUAUGAGUUUAGCGCAACACUCAAUUUAUCUUAGAAAUGGUAUUAAACUUGGAGAUGGUGGUUUGGUUGAUACAUUAUUAAACGAUGGAUUGACCGAUGCAUUUACUUCUAUUCAUAUGGGAGUAACAGCUGAAAACAUUGCAACGGAUAUGAAAAUAACUCGAGAAGAACAAGAUCGUUAUGCAACCUUAUCUCAACAAAAAACAGCUACUGCCAUUUCAGCAGGAUACUUUGAUAAAGAAAUUGUUCCUGUACCAGUAGUAAAUAAAAAUGAAACUAUUCUUAUAACUAAGGAUGAAUUUCCUAAACCUGCAACUACUUUUGAGGAUCUUUCGAAAUUGAAACCUAUUUUUGUUAAGAAUAAUGGAACUGUUACUGCUGGUAAUGCAUCUGGUAUAAAUGAUGGAGCAGCAGCAGUAGUUCUUAUGACAAAAGAAGAAGCAUUGAAAAGAGGUUUGAAACCAUUAGCUCAAAUUGUUGGAAUGGCUGAAAGUGGAGUAGAGCCACGUGUCAUGGGUCUUGGUCCAGUACCAGCGAUUGAAUUACUUUUACAAAAAAUCAAAUGGAGUAAAGAUGAGGUAGAUCUUUAUGAAUUGAAUGAAGCAUUUGCUGCACAAGCACUGGGAUGUAUUAAGAAACUUGAUAUUGAUCCUAAGAAAGUUAAUGUUAAUGGUGGUGCUAUUUCUUUGGGUCAUCCUAUUGGAUGUUCUGGAGCUAGAGUUUUAGUAACUUUGAUUUAUGCAUUAGAAAGAACAGGAGGAAAGAAAGGUAUUGCAUCAUUGUGUAUUGGCGGAGGAAUGGGCAUUGCCAUAGCUAUAGAAAGAAAAUAACAGUUUAUAUUGAUUAUUUUUAUUAUUUACUAUGACAAAAUUUACAAUUUUUGUUUUU